GGCCGGGCCGCCGGACCGGGGGAACCCGUCUGUCCGGUCGCGCCGGCCGGGCCGGGCCGGGCCGGGGGCGGCGCAGCGGCGGCGGCGGCGGCAUGAGCGGGCCGUGACGGGCGGCGCGGCGGGACGCGGCCCCACAGGUUGGUCGCCGAAGCGUUGGUGGGGUCUCGUCCAUCGGACACGUCGGAUUAAAGGAGGUGGCAGGGCCGGGGCAGGUGCCCCCGCAGCCCCCCACCCCCCCGCCCGCCCCAGCCCCGCGGCUUUUCCCCACCCGCCGAUGAGGGAAGCGGCCCCGCGGCCUGGCGCAGGCGCUGCCCGGCGGUGUCGCACGGCCCCGGCGCGGUGGCAGGGUCCCCGGGCAAGACCCGCUGUGGUCCUGCCGGCGACGGUGCCCGGUGGCUGCGUGUGGGGCUGGUCGCGGUCUGGGCAGGUCAGCAGCGUUUUCUGACGAAAAGGAGCAUCUCGGUUGCCCUCCUGCUGCCCGAGCCCCCGCUGAAGCAGCCUUCCUCCCUUGAAGUCCGAGUGCAACUGUGUUAGCACGCCGGCUGAAGCAGCCUUCCAGGAUCAGGAGGGACGUUUUGGUACUGAGGAAGCUGCACUGAACAGGAGGCUUCUGCUGGUCAAAGCCCCUUCAGAGUACACUCAGGCUGCAGCUUGAGCAAAGGUUACCGGCUUUAUUAUCUUCUUCAAAGAUAACCUGCCUUGAUGUGGACUUUAAAUGAUGGGAAGUCUGUGCAUCCGUCAAUGAAGAACCCUACAGCAGAUAACGGUUGUUUUAUCCGUAGCCAAACUGUAAUCAUCUGAUUUUUAACCUCUUGCUGGUGAGAAGUCCGAGUCACCUCAAGUUAGGCAGGUGUCGGCAUUGCCUCGCUCCAGCGUGUUUCGAGGUGGGAACUUUCUCCAGGGUCACAUCGCAGUGAAAGGUCAAGAACGCCAGCUGUAAGGCACAGCGUGUGCACCUCUGUGUGCCUCCUGCUCUGCCGCGCAAACCAGGGGUUCCCUGUCCCGACGCAGUCUCCGGGGAGCUUUGCUGGAUUUGGCAUUUUUGUUUGCUGUGCGAAGAGGUUGGAUCCUCCCAAUCAGAGCGCUAGCAGAAUGAACUCCGAAAAGGAUUCAGAGACCACCUUUGAUGAGGAUUCUCAACCCAACGAUGAGGUGGUGCCGUACAGCGAUGACGAGACAGAGGAUGAAUUGGACAGCCAGCAGCCUGCGGUUGAGCCAGAACAAAAUCGAAUCAAUAGAGAAGCCGAGGAGAAACAAGAGUCGUUUAAAAAAGACUGCAGCUGGCACGUUAAAGCAAAUGAUCGACACUUCCACGAACAGCCCCAGUUUAAGAGAACAGUAUUCCUGUGCUUUAAAAAAAGCAAAUAUGCAGGAAAUGCAAUUAAGACAUACAAGUACAAUCCAAUCACUUUUUUACCACUGAAUCUGUUUGAGCAGUUUAAAAGAGCAGCCAACUUCUAUUUCCUUGUUCUUCUUAUUUUACAGACAAUUCCCCAAAUAACGACUCUUUCAUGGUAUACAACACUGGUGCCCUUACUCUUGGUGCUGGGAAUAACUGCAGUCAAAGACCUAGUGGAUGACAUUGCUUGUCACAAGAUGGACAGUGAGGUUAAUAACAGGACAUGUGAUGUCAUCAAGGAUGGGAGGUUCAAAACCACAAAAUGGAAAGAUAUUAAAGUUGGAGAUGUUAUUCGUCUGAAGAAAAAUACUUUUGUUCCUGCUGAUAUUUUGCUGCUAUCCAGCUCAGAACCAAACAGUCUCUGCUACAUAGAGACAGCUGAACUAGAUGGUGAGACUAACUUAAAAUUCAAGAUGGCACUUGAGGUAACAGACAGAUAUCUUCAAGAAGAAAGUGCAAUGGCAGACUUCAGUGGUCUGAUUGAAUGUGAAGAACCUAAUAACCGACUGGAUAAGUUUGCAGGAUCAUUAUUCUGGAGAAACAUGAGUUAUCCGUUGGAUGCUGAUAAGAUUUUAUUACGUGGAUGUAAAAUCAGGAACACAGACUUCUGCCAUGGAGUGGUCAUAUUUGCAGGUGCUGAUACAAAAAUAAUGAAAAAUAGUGGAAAGACCAGAUUUAAAAGGACACAGAUUGACUCCCUUAUGAACUACAUGGUUUAUACUAUUUUUGUCCUCCUCAUCCUGUUCUCAGCGGGCCUUGCCAUUGGACACACUUACUGGGAGCAGCAGAUUGGUAACUCUUCUUGGUACCUCUAUGACGGAGAAGACUACAGCCCUUCUUACCGUGGCUUUCUUAAUUUUUGGGGAUAUAUCAUUGUUCUGAAUGCCAUGGUUCCCAUUUCCCUGUAUGUGAGUGUCGAAGUGAUUCGUUUGGGACAAAGCUAUUUUAUAGACUGGGACCUGCAAAUGUAUUACCCUGAAAAGGAUACAGCUGCAAAGGCCAGAACCACCAAACUAAAUGAACAGCUUGGACAAAUCCACUACAUAUUCUCUGAUAAGACAGGAACACUUACUCAGAACGUCAUGACAUUUAAAAAAUGUUGCAUUAAUGGCCAAAGAUACGGAGACUGCAGGGAUGGAUCAGGGCAGCUGCAAAACCACCCCGAGCAAGUUGAUUUUAGCUGGAACACGUAUGCAGAUGGAAAGCUCUCAUUCUAUGAUCACUACCUGAUAGAGCAAAUAAAAUCUGGAAAGGAUCCAGAAAUUCGACAGUUCUUUUUUCUACUUGCCAUUUGUCACACUGUCAUGGUUGAUGUUUCUGAUGGUCAGCUCAAUUAUCAAGCGGCCUCCCCAGAUGAAGGGGCCUUGGUCACAGCAGCCAGAAACUUUGGCUAUGUUUUUCUUUCACGAACACAGAAUACCAUCACUAUAAGCGAGAUGGGGAUUGAAAGAACUUACGAUGUCCUUGCUAUCUUGGAUUUCAACAGUGACAGGAAACGAAUGUCUGUCAUUGUAAGAGAAUCUGAGGGAAAUAUCAGGCUAUAUUGUAAAGGAGCCGACACAGUAAUUUAUGAACGCUUGCAUCCAAGAAAUCUGAAGAGAGAAGCUACAGAAGAAGCGCUGGAUAUUUUUGCAAAUGAGACUCUUAGAACACUCUGUCUCUGCUAUAAAGACAUUAGUCAUGAUGAAUUUGAAGCAUGGAAUAAAAAGUUCAUGGUGGCCAGUGCAGCUAUAACUAACCGUGAUGAAGCUCUGGAUAAAGUAUAUGAGGAAAUAGAAAAGAACUUGAUUCUCCUUGGUGCAACAGCUAUUGAAGACAAACUACAGGAUGGAGUUCCAGAAACAAUAUCCAAACUUUCCAAAGCAGGCAUUAAAAUCUGGGUGCUUACUGGUGACAAAAAAGAAACUGCUGAAAAUAUUGGAUUCUCUUGUGAACUCUUAACAGAUGAAACAACAAUCUGCUACGGAGAAGAUAUCAGUGCUCUCCUUCAAACAAGGCUGGAAAACCAGAGGAACAGAGCUGAAUCAAGUACACAUUCCUCUCUACGAAUGAAUGAACCAUUCUUUCAAAGUGGUAGAGAUCGUGCUUUAAUAAUCACUGGCUCCUGGCUGAAUGAAAUCCUGCUAGAGAAGAAAAAGAAGAAAAAGAAACUUAAAUUGAAAUUCCCCAGAACAGCAGAAGAAAAACAAAAGCAAAUUGAGAUUAGAAGAAGGGCUGAAGCUAACAAAGAACAGCAGCAAAAGAACUUUGUAGAUUUGGCAUGCGAAUGCAGGGCUGUGAUCUGCUGUCGAGUGACUCCAAAGCAGAAAGCCAUGGUGGUCGAGCUUGUGAAGAAAUACAAGAAAGCCAUUACUCUGGCUAUUGGAGACGGUGCCAAUGAUGUAAACAUGAUUAAAACUGCCCACGUUGGAGUUGGGAUCAGUGGCCAAGAAGGGAUGCAAGCUGUCAUGUCGAGUGACUACGCUUUCGGGCAAUUCCGCUACCUCCAAAGACUGCUGCUGGUCCAUGGCCGGUGGUCUUACAUAAGGAUGUGCAAGUUUCUAAGAUUUUUUUUCUACAAAAACUUUGCCUUUACACUAGCCCACAUCUGGUAUUCAUUCUUUAAUGGCUUUUCUGCCCAGACAGCAUAUGAAGACUGGUUCAUCACACUGUACAAUGUUUUGUAUACUAGCCUUCCGGUCCUGCUGGUUGGCUUGCUUGACCAGGAUGUAAGCGACAGAUUGAGUCUUCGGUUCCCUGGACUGUAUGUUUUGGGACAGAAAGACUUACUUUUUAACUACAGGAAAUUCUUUGUAAGUUUGAUUCAUGGAAUUACAACUUCACUGAUAAUCUUCUUCAUACCGUAUGGAGCUUAUCUUAAAACUAUGGGACAAGAUGGAGAAGCACCUUCGGAUUAUCAGUCAUUUGCUGUCACAACAGCAUCUUCUCUUAUAUUCAUCGUCAAUUUUCAGAUUGGUUUGGAUACAUCUUACUGGACUUUCAUUAAUGCUUUCUCAGUGUUUGGGAGUAUUGCACUUUACUUUGGUAUCACAUUUGACUUUCACAGCGCUGGAAUCCAUGUUCUCUUUCCUUCCGCCUUUCAGUUCACAGGAACUGCGCCGAAUGCUCUGAGACAGCCGUACCUUUGGUUGACCAUGAUUUUAUCAGUUGCUAUUUGCUUGCUUCCUGCUGUUGCGCUGCGUUUCUUAUCAAUGACGGUUUGGCCUUCAGAAAGUGAUAGGAUUAAGAAGAACCGUAAGAAAUAUAUGGCAGAAGAACAACAGUGGAAGCGACGACAGAGUACUUUUCGACGAGGGAUAUCUGGCCGUCGUUCUGCUUACGCUUUCUCCCACCAGCGGGGAUAUGCUGAUCUCAUUGCUUCUGGACGCAGCAUAUGCAGAAAGCGUGCUCCUUUAGAUGCAGUGCUACGCAACAGUGUGACACAAGUCAGAGAAGCUCGUGAAACAAGCUGAUUUUUACUACGUUUUAGGAGAGAAGCUUUUUAUUCAAAUGAUUGCACAAAAAAAGGGUUUUUUUAAAACAAACUCAGGAUAUUUUUUUAACCAAAUGGCACAUGGAUAUGAAGAUUGUUACGUUUUAUCGCAAAACCUCUUGGUUUAGGACUACUGGAAACAUAGAAAGGCCAAGAUUUUUCUACGGAGCUACUACUCCUUGUGCAACUAUGUCUGUUACAUGUGAAACUGGAAGAUAUGCAAUCUAGGGUAUGAAAACCCAGCACUGUAAUUUUUUUAGUGAUGUCUGGAAUUGCAAACUUUUUUCACAUUUUAAUAAUAUAUUGGAAUAAAAUUGCAGCUACAUUUCAUAUCAUGACUUUGAAGGUGAACUGCAAAGACGCAGUUAACCUGUGUGCACCAUUUACAGUGACAAUGGCAAAUCAGGUGAUCUGAUCUGUCUUUUGAGAGGAACCUAGAAAAUCUCACCUGAGCUUGUACAGCUGAGAUUCAGAUAUAUCUGGUGAUAAGCUUUAGUCAGCAUCAGAUUGUAUUAGGUAUUCUGACAUUUAUAGGUGUGGUUUCAGUUCAUUUCUUUUUCUUCAAUGAUUGACUGCAACUUGCUGUGCUAAAUCGGAAGAGAUCUUUCUUUGCACCUUGUUAGCAAGAGAGGUAUGGCGGUACUCCUUCCCUCGCUGAUUCCUUGGGGUUCCCUGGAAUGGAGAGCUGAGGCAACAAUCAACAGGAUUUUUUUUCUCUGUCUCUCUCUUUCUAACUUUCUUGGAUACGUUUGUGUCUUCUUUCUUGUACAGUAUUUUUAUGAAGAGAUAUAUUCAAUCUUUGGAAAGCUGCCCUUUGAACUGGCAAAAAUAUGUUCAUUUCAGUUGUUUUAGAUACAGCAAUGAAGAAUAAUAGUUAAUUAGAAAACUGUUUGCUUUUAUACUGAAUGUAUUUCACUUGCUGGUAAAUAAAUACCAUUCUUAGAGUGUAAAAAGUUUUUAAUGAAAGUCUCUGCAUUUGCACAUAUUUUCACUCUUCAAAUUGAGGUGUAUGAAUGUUUCACUUACUUCUGACUCAUGGACUAAGGUUGAAUACUGAAAUGUUUUUAUAGCAAAAAACAUGAUAUACAGUUCUUUUUCAAUGAAAAAUGUACAUUUCAAAAAUUUAAUGGAAAUAAAUAUCCUAAAGUUA